AUGAAGCGUGAUUUAAUUGGACCUAAGAGUACUAAAUAUGUGUGUGAAGAUCAUAUUGAUGUUGAAAAUGAUACAGAAAAUUUAGUCAAACAUCGACUAGUUGCCUACAUAUGUCCUCAUAAAUUUGACUGUCAAAAAGCGGUGAAACCUCAAAAAGAACGAGCAUAUGAAAAAAACGUCGAAUUGAAUUUUAUGAAAAAAUUCAAUCAUCUUCGUUUCAUUCUUUUAAAAUGA